GGGAUCAAGAGGUCGUUCCUGCCGCCGCCGCCGCCGAGGUCGGGUUGCUCGCGCUCCAUCUCCAACCUGCGGGACGUGAUCCACAGCCAGUACGGCGGCAGCCGGCGCCGGGCGCCGGCGGCCGUGCCCAGCCGCUGCGACAGCCCGAGGUCGAUCGAGAGUAGCGACGUCCUCAACGCGUUGACGCAAGACGUGCUGCUCGCCGCCGGGGCUCCUGCCGGCUCCGGCCGCGACCUCCGGGCCGGCGCCGGGGAAGCCCCGGGGCUCGCCGCCUGGGCCAUCGGCGGCGCGGCGCCGCUCAGCCCGCUCCUGAUGCGGUGCAGCACCAGCCGUCUCUCCCGGAGGAGUUCCCCGCGCGAGGUGUCGCCGCUCCGGCUCCGCCGCGAAGCAGGCGCCGGCAACGGCGACCUGGGGUCGCCCGUUCCCGCCUGGGCCUCCUGUGGUGUCGGCGUCCAGUGCGAUCGCUGCGGCGGCCUCUUCUCCAGCAACGACGCUCUGGAAUCGCAUCACCUCGUCUACCACGCCGUCACCGAGCUGGUGGACGGCGACACGGCGAGCAAGGUGGUGGAGCUCAUAUAUAAGGUCGGGUGGCCGAAUCCCCAGGUCGCGAUGGAUCGCGUCGAGAGGGUCGUCAAGGUCCACAACAUGGACAGGUCGGUGGACCGGUUCAAGGAGUACAUGGAGGAGGUGAAGGCCAGGGCGGCUCAGCAGCCCAACAAGCACCCCCGCUGCAUCGCCGACGGCAACGAGCUGCUCCAGUUCCACGGCACCACCGUCUCCUGCCCCCUCGGCGCCGGCGGCUCGCACAGCGUCUGCGCGUCGGGCGCGUGCAACGUCUGCCGCAUCAUCCGGCACGGCUUCUCGGCUACGAGGGAGAACAGGGCGGACGGCGUCGGCGUCGGCGUGUUCACCACGUCCACGAGCAAGCGCGCCCUGGAGUGCCUACAAGAAACCAACGCCGCCGCCGGCGGCGAGGCUGGAGCCGGCGGCGUGACGCACGCGCUGAUCGUGUGCCGGGCGGUCGCGGGGAGGAUCCGCCGCCCGCUGGAGAACCCUCAGGACGCCGCCGGGCAGCCGGGGUUCGACUCGGUAGCCGGCCAGGUCGGCGCCGACUCGAGCAUCGAGGGGCUCUACCUGCUCAACCCGAGCGCUCUCCUCCCGUGCUUCGUGGUCAUAUGUAAAGCUUAGAUCUUGCGGCUGGGUAUAGCCAUCAUAUCAUAGAGAAGCAAAGCAUAAGAUUUAGCUUCAUCCUAUAUUUUAAUUUGAUCAUCAAUUAAAGUUAUAUUUUAGUUCAUUGUUAGUUCAUCGAUCGAUCUGGUGUACAUUCUGUUUUGUACCUUCCAGCAGUGACCAGUGAGUAGCA